UAAACGCGUGGUUGCCCAGCAACGAGUGCAACCCGGAAGCCAGCAAGGCCCUCCCUGAUUGGUUCUAAUAGCGCAGAGGUGGGAGGCGGGAGCGGCUCAGUCUGCCACUUGACGAUUGGUGGCUCGGCGCCCUUUCCUGUCAGCUGAUUGGCGCCGGGGCGGAGGCGGGAAGGACGGACGCCGGAGAGGGCCGCCGUCGCCUGAGGAUUUCUUUUUCCUGUUGAGAAAGUUGAUGAUGAAGCUGAAUCAUGCCAUACACUGGUGGUUUUUUGAUGUAUACGUUUACUCGUUAAAAGGCAGAUGAGGACACAGAGCGAGAGAAAUGCAAGAUAAUACUCACAGAAUAGUAAAGUGAAUGACACCUCCUUUUCCCCUGAAUAAUUACUGUAUUACUAGUGGAAGAAAAAUGUUAGUUUAAAACAUUUAAUUUCUAAAUUAUAUACCUGAAGUAAACGGGAGGAAAAAGUGGCAAUGUCUUCUGAUGUGUCAGAAUAUACUAUUGGGGGAGUGAAGAUUAUAUUCCCUUGCAAGGCUUACCCUUCACAACUUGCUAUGAUGAAUGCUAUUGUUAAGGGUUUAAAUAACAGGCAACACUGUUUGUUGGAGAGCCCUACAGGAAGUGGCAAAAGCUUGGCAUUACUUUGUUCUGCAUUAUCAUGGCAGCAGUCUCUGUAUGAGAAAUCACUGCUUACAUCUUCAUGUGAAAAGGAAGACAGAAAGCCAGAGACCUCACCACCAUGUCGCUGCACAUGUCAUUCCCAAUCUAAGAGCAACGAGGCUGCAACAAGUGUGAAUCAUGGUGCUUCUAGUUCUUUUAAUAAUUAUGAAACAGGAAGUUCUAUAAAACCUGGAAGCCCGCUAACAAACACAGAAUGUAAGGAAAAUGAAACGCUAGCUUCGAAAUUGUCUGCCAAAAAAAGAUUAUCUCUGUGUGCCAAUGAGAAUGAUGAUUUUCAAGUAGACAGGAAAAGGAUUCGUCCUUUAGAAACUGAGCAGCAGGUUAGAAAACGUCAUUGUUUUGCAAAAGGAGUGCAGCUAGUUGAUGCUUUAGAAGUUUAUCAUCAGAGAAAAAAUGGAGAGCUGAUGGUUAACUCCGAAAAAAGUGUGAAAAACACUACUUUUUGUCCCAAAACAUCUUCUGGCCCUUGCACUGAGUGUUCCUGUUCUUCUGGAAAAGAAACUGAUAAAGAUACUAGAAACACAAAGAAGAAAGAAAAUGGAGAUCGGUCAUUUGUUCCCAAAAUAUUUUUUGGAACACGAACACACAAGCAAAUAUCCCAGAUUACCAGAGAGUUGAAGAGAACAGCGUAUUCCAGUGUCCCCAUGACAAUUCUUUCUAGCCGGGAUUAUACCUGUAUUCAUCCAGUGGUGUCUAGCAGUGGUAGUAACAGGAACGAAAUGUGUGUGGAAUUGCUGGAAGGAAAACAUGGCAAGUCCUGUCUUUACUAUCACGGUGUUCAUAAACUCAGUGAACACCAUGCUCUACAGUCUGCACAUAGGAUGUAUCAGGCUUGGGACAUUGAAGAUUUAGUGAGCCUGGGAAAGAAGCUUCGUGCCUGUGCAUAUUUUGCAGCCAGAGAACUCAUGGUGGGCGCAGAUAUUGUAUUUUGUCCUUACAAUUAUCUCCUUGACCCACAGAUACGGGAGAGCAUGGAAAUUAACCUAAAAGGCCAAGUAGUCAUUUUAGACGAAGCCCAUAAUAUUGAGGACUGUGCUCGGGAGUCAGUGAGCUACAGUGUUACAGAAAGUCAACUAAGAGUUGCUCGAGAAGAGCUUGAUUUCAUGGUCAAUAACAACAUCAGACAGAAGGAUCAUGAGCCCCUACGGGCUGUGUGCUGCUCUUUGACCAACUGGUUACAGGAGAGCUCUAGUCAACUAGUAGAAAGAGGGUAUGAAACUUCCUGUAAGGUUUGGAGCGGAAAAGAAAUGCUCACCAUUUUGUACAAAAUGGGAAUAACUGGUAUUACUUUUCCCAUUUUACAGAAACAUCUUGCUACUGUCCUGGAAAAAGAAGAAAAAAUAUCAGUGUUCGGUAAAGAGGAACUUAUUGAGAUACCAGUUGUGAGCCCUGCCACUCAGAUUGUGCUGAAAGGGUUAUUCAUGGUUCUUUUAUGUCUUUUUAAAGAUAAUGGCAGGUAUGCAGAUGACUACAGAGUUGCUCUACAACAAACUUAUGCUUGGAUGAAUGAAAACCAACUUGAUGUUUCAGAUACAAGUGCCUUCUUUACACGGCCCAAGCAUAAAAGGAGUUUGCGGCAGAAAACUGUAGUCCGCAUGCUUAAUUUCUGGUGCUUGAAUCCUGCUGUGGCUUUUUCAGACUUAAGUGAUGUUAGAACAAUUGUUCUGACAUCUGGGACACUCUCUCCAAUGGAUUCAUUUUCUUCAGAGCUUGGUGUGAAGUUUUCUAUUCAGUUGGAGGCAAAUCACAUUAUUCAGAAGUCACAGGUUUGGGUUGGCACCAUUGGAGCAGGCCCUAAUGGUCGGAAGUUGUGUGCCACGUUCCAGCAUACAGAGACCUUUGAGUUCCAAGAUGAGGUGGGAGCACUUCUGCUUUCAGUGUGUCAAACAGUUGGCCAAGGAAUUUUGUGCUUUUUGCCAUCCUAUAAGCUGUUGGACAAAUUGAAAGAUCGCUGGAUGCACACUGGCUUAUGGAGAAACCUGGAGCUGGUUAAGACAGUCAUUGCAGAGCCUCAAGGAGGGGCAAAGAGUGACUUUGAUGAACUGCUGAAAAUAUACUAUGAUGCCAUAAAAUGUAAAGGAGAAAAAGAUGGAGCACUCCUUAUAGCUGUAUGCAGAGGAAAAGUUAGUGAAGGCUUGGAUUUCUGUGAUGCGAAUGCCCGUGCAGUUAUAACCAUAGGUAUUCCGUUUGCAAAUGUGAAAGACCUUCAGGUUGAAUUAAAGAGGAAGUACAAUGACCAGCACAAAAGUACAAGAGGCCUUUUACCAGGGAGUCAGUGGUAUGAAAUUCAAGCUUAUAGGGCUCUGAACCAAGCCCUGGGAAGGUGUAUAAGACAUAGGAAUGACUGGGGUGCUCUUAUUUUAGUUGAUGACCGCUUCCGGAAUAACCCUAAUAAGUACAUAACUGGAUUAUCUAAAUGGAUUCGGCAACAAAUCCAGCACCAUGAAAAUUUUGGUAGUGCACUUGAAUCCUUGCAUGCAUUUGCUGUAAGAAACCAGAAGAGCAUUGAUUGUUCAUCAGAGUGCAGCAGUGAACUUAUCCAUGUACCUUCAAACCCAAAAGACCUGUCACAAGCCUCUCAACAGGAGACAACUAUUCAUCUGUCACCAGAUGUUCCUGCUAAAAGUGAGGAGAAAAGUUUGGUUCCAGAAGUUAAUUUUACUACAACCAUCAGCUCAGUUAAUCCUACAGCAUCAAAUCAGCCAAGUAACAUCACGACAACAAUGAAACAAAGUGGCCAGAAAGUUGAUGUCGAGAGUCAUUCUCACCAUGUAACACAAAGAAGAAAACAUAUGGACUCCACACCCAAAAUGCCAGCAACUAAAAUAGAGAGAGAAAAAAAGAAUGGUUGGACUAGUGCUGAUAUUAUGAAAGAACAUUGCUGCCUUAAACCACCGACUUCAACACCUUUGCCUGUAGCCAAGAACUGCAUGUCCACAGCUAGUAGCAAACAAAAGAAUGUGAAUAGGGCUAGUGAACUUAUUGAUAGUGUAAAUCAAUGCCAGUCAUUAUUAAUUUCAGAACAUAAGCCAAGUGUACCAGAAUCAUGUUUGGAAACAACUAAUUUUUCAGUUAAAAAUACUGAGGCUGCAAUUGCUGAAGAGCAUCCUGAUAAGCUACAGCUUCAAGUUGAGCCCUGCAGUGAGUUUCCUUUGUCAGGAGGGAAAUCUGAACUUUCAAUGUUAAACGUAUCUGCAGAAGCUGAAGAUGAGGAUGAGAGUAUCUACUUCACACCAGAACUCUAUGAUGAUGUAGAAUCAGAGGAACAGAAAAUCAGACCACUGGUUCCAACCUGUAAUACAAAUGAAAAUCGGAUUGAAUGUGGAAACUCCACAGCCGCUGAUGAUCUUUUUGCAAUCAACACCACAGAAACACCAAGUGUGACUAAAAAAAAGAUUGAUGAUGAUGAUGAUGACAGAAGCACAAGUUUACAUGGAAUAAUGCAAAAUGAGGGGAGUAAGAAUAGUGCAGUUAAUAAUGCAGAGAUGACUAGUGAAAUAAAAGCAGAGCAGAUAGCAUCUCAAGAGAUGGACACCAAAAAACGGAAAAUCAAUCUUUCCAGAUCACGAAAUAAAGGUGUGUCAUCUUUUCUAUUUAACAAUACUAGCACAUAGUGACAGCUUCUAUAGGAAACAUAGUGAGCAGCCUUUACAAUAUAGCCUCACUAUAGAGCAGGGAUGGCUUUCUAGUUCUCAUUUAAUAUAUACUACUAUCAGACUUGAUUUUUCAUUAUACUUUUUUGUUUUUCACUGUGAAAGUUAUGCAACAUGCAGUUUUCUAUAGAUAUAAUUAAGAUUCUUCAUCCUAACUGUGUGGCAAAAGGGCAUUGUGUAGAAAUCCUAAAUAGAAGCCCAAGUAGCAUUUGACUUGUAAUUAUAGGUUGAGGAGGUUUGUCUGUUACAGAUUUAAUUAAUCUGCCAUUAAAUAUAAUCAAACACUUGGGUUUUUCUCAGAAAGCAAAACACUCAUAUAAUCAAAUUAUGGUUCUCUGCAUUUCUUAGGGCUUUUUUUUUUUUUAAAUUAAAUAUGUAGAACAACAUCUUUGCAGAUCAAGUAAUAUGAUAGAUUGAGCCUAGAUACUGAAAUAGCUGUAUUCUUCAGUACUUUGCUUCCCUCAAAUUUCUUUUGUCAAAAUGUCUCUCAGAAGCUGUGUAGUAGUAGUAUAGUAGUAUUUGAACAUUAUGAUAUUUGAUGAUGAUGAGAGGCUCCUUCAGAGGUCGGUCUUUGUUUUAUAUUAAAGUUGAGUUUUCUUUAAAAUUUUCUUUUGUGAGAGGAUCUCAUUUCUUCUGGUCGGAUUCUGUAUGUAUUCAUAUCAAAAUGUGUACUUAUUUGUAUGCCCCACAAACACGUUUUCUAUGCAAUGUAUAACAAUGUAAAUAUGUACUUAAAGGUCUUUAAAUCUUCCUCAGUCUACUUUUUUUGAAGUAUUUUAAACAUUUCUUUCAUUUAUUGCAAUCAAAACAGCCAGGAUUUUGCUGUAAUAAAACAUACUAUGCCUGAUUUUUCAAGAAAAGAUUGUUCAUUUACAUCAUAUAUUCAUACGAAGACCCGGGAUUUUUACAAUCUUAAGAUUGGUUCAUAGGUAUUUAUAUAUUUUGACUGAGAGCAGAGAUGAAAUCGUUAACUGGUCAUUUUCCGUAGAAGUUCAUCUAAAUAACAUUCUGACGUCCACCUCUACAGAGCUGUGAAUGUGUUCAUAUCAAUAGGGUUUAAAUUGUAUCCUUUCUUUACACAAUAAAUGCAUCUUUAUAAAAUUAGAUACCCUGUUUGCAAAAAUGGCAAGAAUGCUGUUGAAUUUCUUUAACGAGCAUUAUCUUGCAGUACUUGGUAUAAGGCAUUUGGUUAAGCUUUUAUUUAUAUUGAUGCCACGUAAGGAUCAUGUUUUCUUGGUUUAGGUUUCCUGGUAUUCACUUAAUCAUUGGAUGCUGAUGGUUUUGAACAGUUGAUAGGGCAGAAGCAAGCUGUAAUAUUGAUAGCAAUUUAAAUAUAUGACACGUCUAAAGACAAAAAUACUUAAUUUAGAUUUAAGUAAUUGAUUGAAUAUCAGGAUUUAGUAGGGUAGGCAUGGUUCUGUUUGUAACUGGCUUCUAGACUAGAACUGUCCCACAUCCCGCAGCAAAUGCUGAGGCAGCCUGUGGCAGGCGGCUUUGCAGCUACAUUCCCAAGAGUUGAUCAACUUGAUCUUCCUGAGUCUCUAAUAGCUCAGUUUUCUUAAAACAAGUGUUCUGUACCAAACCACUUUUUAUGUAUAUCUAAAUGGAUGAUAGAAAUCACUUAAGCUUUGUGGCUUGUCUGCUCAUCUCAUAGACCACUAUC